CAAACGUUAAGGGCGCAGUACAGGCACUGCAAUUAUUUUUGAACUCGCUGUUUUCGCCUCUCAACUGAUUUUCGGAUUUACUUUUGCAUUUUGGCGAGGAAAAAGAAACAAUGGACACUACAGGCACAGCGUCAUCAGGUGACAUGAAGAGAAACAUGGCUGCCGUAAACCAGAUGGCGGUAGACAUGAUUGUCAAUCAGCGUGCCCUUCCAUACUCCCGAGGAAACCGCUCCAUCAGGCCCAACGGCCGCAAGUACAACUCCUACACCCCCGAAAUGCGCACCCGCAUCGCCAAGUACGCGAUGGUGGCGGGAGACCUGGAGACGGCGCAGCACUUUAGCCGUGAAUUGGGGCAUAAGGUGGCGGUCACCAGCGUGUGGCGAUUCCGAAAGGCCUACACCAGGGAGUUGAAACGGAUCCACCAGGAAGGGGCCAUGUACCAACCUAAUUUGUACAUUUCGGGGGAGAGGCGGCAGGGAGGGCAUCGGAGGUUUGUCGGAAGGAGUCGAGAUGUGGAAAUCGAUGUUGCCCCUGUUGAACAAGGCCUAGGCGAUCAGAUGGAUCUUGGGGCAGACUGCGACUGGACCCCUCCCACGGAGGCCGAGAUGAAAGUAAUCCAAGCCAAGAAAGAGAGAUCAGAUAAGAUCAGUAAGCUGAUGGGAGAUUACCUCCUGAAGGGAUACCGCAUGCUAGCCACCACCUGCUCCCUUUGCGGGACAAUCCUACUAAGAGACAAGCAACAGAAGGAUUAUUGCGUGGCUUGCAAUGAACUGGCUACAGAACAUGCCAAGGAUGACCCAGCUCUGAGUGCAGAAGCAGCAAGAUCUCAGGUCAGGGAGCAUGAACUGGUAAGGGCCUCCCCGUCAUCCUCAUGCUCGUCAUCAGGUACCGGCGGUGCUGCUUUGUCUAACACCGAUGACCGGUCCAUCACCAUCACCAAUGUUUGUUCAGUUCCUGAGACCCUCCGCACCCUCCAGCUCCAAGGAACCACUUCCACAACUGCUCAGAGAGUCCAGCAGCAGCAGGCGUCCCACACCCCGUCACCACCACCACCGCCUCCUCCGAAUCCCCAAGCCACCGUCCUCCCCCAGACGGCCGGCUCGUUGUUGAACAAUGCUGUCGCCAGUACCAGCACGAUAGGUGCACCAGGGGUCCGGCCUUGUGGGAAUCGGAACACAAGGGUAAGCCUUGUGAUUGGGCAGUCAGUGGACACGGUCUUGGACAAGCUCACAUGGGCAAGUGCGGAGCUCAGGAAGAGCACGAAUGUUGAGUCCUGCACUCAGUUGUGCAGACUCAUCCAGGCCUGUGCUGAUGCUUUGGACAGUUUGAAGGAGACAAAUUAAAAACUGAAGAAAAAUAUACAUUGAAAGACUUUGUAUCUUCCUGGUAACCAUUGUAUGGGGGGGAUCAAACGAUUUUGCUGUCAGUGUAAAGUAUCUUUGUGUCUAGAUGUUUUAUUAAUCGGACAAUAUAAGACGUAAAUUCAACCUUUUCAUCUUGUUGACUUUAGAUGUCACUAUUUCUGCUGUACCGUUGGUGUCACAACUGCUAUGCUAAAAGAAUUUUAACUUUCUAUGUGCAUGUAUUUCAGGCAGAAUCAGCAGAUUCAUAUUAUAGGUACUGUAACUGUAUGUUGCACUCUUGCACGAUUAUAUAUACAUGUAAAGCUACACGUCAAGGUCCAAAACCGACCUAGUUCAGAUGUCGAAGGGUCGAUUAAUCUUUCUUUAUUAAUAACUGUUGUGCAAUAACUUUCUUCAAAUUUGAGGCAAAAAUCACAAAACAUUCAACAGGUGCAUCCUCUGGAGGCAUAUAUCAUCAAUUUUGAAAAUUGAAUUGAAAAUGGGCACCGUCGUUGAAAGGUGGGCACCAUCCUCAUACACAAAAGCUAGUAAAAAUGGUUUUCCUUCACAGAUGGGUCAUGUACAUGCAAGUACAUAUCAUAGAUCACACACUUUAAACUUUGAUCAUGUGUAUGCAAUAUAAUGUCCCAAGUCUGGACAGUGCCCCCAUGAUUGUCUGUGCAUACAUGUAUAUGUGCAAUUUUAAUUAAAGACGACAUACAACUACAAACUCUACAUUUGCAAUACAGAGCCAAUUAUGCAUGAAACUAUCCACUACAAAUUUCGAGAAUUUCCUGCCAAUGCCUCAAAAUGCAGUUCUCCUCACCAAACCACAGUGUACAUAGAAAAGAAUGGGCACGCAGCCAUGGAGCACCAUUUUUUUUAAAAUCUUAAUAUGAGACUUGUUUUUCAUAAAUAGGAAAAAGAAAUAUAUAAUUUUGAUAUUUUUGGCACACUUUUCUGAACAUAAUUACAUAAUAUUGACUUGCCUUGUGGGGAACAUCAAAUAUGUCGCCCGCAACAGAAUCAUAUUGGCACUGAGUCUUUAGACGAGGGUAAUAUGGUUCUUUUAAGGGAAUCAUAUUUAAUGUUUCCCGGAAGAAAAGCCAAUCAAUAUUAUUAUUAUUACCUAAGGCUUUACAAUGUGUAAUUCAAGCUAUUAUUUGGAAUGAUUUAAGCCUGUUUGCUUAUCAUGACUUCUGAUUUCAGGUUAUUUAUGAACUUAGCGAAGUAACCCUUAAUAAGCAAUUGUAGUAAUUUUUUUUUCAAAUACUGAAAUUAGUGAUCAAAAUCAACUCCUACUGCAUGCGCAAGUGCAUUAGCAGAAAUAUGGCCAAUAUGCCCUCUGUUUUGUACAGGAUUCCUGUAGACAAAGCCUGGGGAGGGCAACAUGGCAAAUGUUUACCUUGUUGGUCUCGGAUUGGAAGUAGCGAUUUAUUCACUAAAAUGCCUUCCAUAAUUUAUUGAAUAUGUUUUGAAUUCACC